UGUGCUCUCGUCUAACAAACGUGACGACUGUUGAAGCGUCGGCAGCCAUCUUGGAGCCGGGAGGAGCGUAACUCUCUAAAUUGCUCUCUUAUAAGCGAUCAUAACCGGCUGCGGGCGUCUUUUAAAAAAAAACAUCCACCGCGCUAUUCAACCGGGGAGAUCGGAGAGUGUCCACUGAUUUGUUUGAGGCCUGACAGUGCAGCGGGGCUGCCAACAUCCGUGACAAACAAAACAAGGCGGAGUGCGCGGCAGCGAUGGUGCAAUCUUGUUCUGCCUACGGGUGCAAGAACAGAUAUGAUAAGGAUAAACCUAUCUCUUUUCAUAAAUUUCCCCUUACUCGACCUCUUCUUUGUAAGAAAUGGGAAGCUGCAGUCAGAAGGGUGGACUUUAAACCGACCAAGUACAGUAGCAUUUGCUCUGAUCAUUUUACACCUGACUGCUUUAAGAGAGCCUGUAACAAUAAACUUCUGAAGGAUAACGCUGUCCCAACUGUGUUCUCUUAUACAGAUUCUAAGCCCCUGAGCACCAAGAGUAUUAAAAAGGAGGAGCUAAGCGCCCCUGCACCAACAAUUUCUGAAAUGGACCCUGCUAUUGGUUUACUGCUGCCUCCUCCAUACACUCCCAGUCAUAUAGCCGUGAUUUGUGACCAUAAUUACACUGUGGAAGAUACAGUACUUCAGAGGAGGAGAAUACAGCAGCUGGAAGAGCAGGUUGAUAAACUCAGGAAAAAGCUUAGAAUUGCAAAUCAGAGGUGCAGGAGACAAGAGCGCAGUCUGGAAAAGCUGGAAAAAGAGGUUUCAGAUUAUAAAAAUGGAUCUGGCUUUGUGAUUGUUCCAAGCAAUUAUUUUGAAGUGUACAAUGAAAGUGAAAGAACUGAGACCCACUCAAUUAUAAAUAUCUAGAUCUGUAGCUUGUUCAGGUGAUUUGAGCAUUGGUGAGAUAACAUACAAACACCGUUCCACUAUUUCAUUACUUAUGAUGAGCUCUUUGCCACAAAAGUUCUAUUGCUUCUUAUAGACAGGCUUCUAACAACUCCUGUUUUGUAUUAACUCCUAUAUGAUAUGUCUGCUUAUGUUACUGAGAUAAUACAUGAUCAAGUGAACAUUUUCUAAGAUCUGAAAGGAUCAUAUAAAAACAAAUGGCUCAUAUACCUCUCUACUUAGCUGUUCAUUAAAAUAUUGCUUCUAUGAAACUAUUAUCUCCCUAAUUAAUUUCUAACCGUAAUCUUACCUAAUAGUUUAACUUUAGGAGAAGUCCUAUUCUUAAGGUGGGUACACACUAGGCGAUGUGCUUGGUGAAUGGCAUCGCCUAGUGUUUCCCCUCCCGGGCCGCCCUACGACGGGCAUACACACUGUGCGAUAUCACUAAUAAUAUCACACAGUGAUGUCAUGCUGUGGCCGGCCGGAGCAUGCAACUUUGGACGAUGAGUCCAAAUUGAGCUGCAUGCACGGUCAAGACAGAGUGUCGUUAACGACACUUGGCGGCGGCAUACACACUGGGCAAUAUAGUAAACUAUAUCACUCAGGAGGGGGAAAAUGAGCGAUAUAGUUUACUAUAUCACUAAGUGUGUACCCACCUUCUAAGCAUCCAAACUGAGGUUUUUUUGUUUUGUUUUUUUACAGAAUAUAAAAACAGUUUUAUAAUUGAACGUAAGCUUGGUAAUUUGUGGUCUGUUAUACCUUCUCUUUAGUAUGUUAUGUAAAAAGCAGCGUUAGCAAUAGAGUAUGACCUUUCUGCAAGCAUCUAUUACCACAGCAGCUGAAGGUGAUUUGUAAAGGUUAUUAGUCAUUGCACUAACAGAGAAACACCACAACCAUAUAAUUAGAACAAUGUACAAGUUUAAAUGUUUCACAAUAAUUGUUAUGAUGAGAAAAACAAGUUUAAAAUGCAUGAUUUUCAGUUAAGAUUUAUGUCCUCCAAAUAUUGGAAAUUCUGUGAGGACAAAAAAAAUUUCUUUUGAUAUGAUGUGUUAAAUGUUCUGUUUUUGUAACAUUGACAUUAAAGUUACUAUUAUAGUGGUUUCUUUAAUAUAAA